AUGUCGCUUCAGAGAUUUUUGAAGGAGCACUCUCGUCGACUGAAAUGGAGUAGUAGUCAUUUGGAUCGACUUGAUUGGCGGAGGAGUUUUACUCCAAACAUCAUAGACCAAAAUGCAAAGAGAAAGAAGUAUGAAGGUUUGAAUUCAUUGGCUUGUUUGAGGAGGAUUAAAAAAUAUGGAGUAGCUUUAGAACUGAAUUAUCCGUAUGUGGGGUCUCCUUCUACAUGGAGUUACAUUGGUGGGGAAUUUGCACACCUUAAGAGAUGGAAUUUCAAAUGGCUCGGUCAAGUAGAACAACAUUUUGUUUCAGUGCCCAGUAUUGCAAAAGAUGAUAGUAAGGAUGAUGUAGCGGGAUGUUUUGAGUACAAUGCAGAUCUUGCUGAAACUUUGGAUUCAAAGCAAAAUGCCCCUACUUCUCUUUCAAUGAAGACAUUUAAAUGUCAUAUACUUAGGGAACCCAUUGGGGUUGUUGGGUUGAUUACUCCAUGGAAUUACCCUUUGUUGAUGGUUACUUGGAAAGUUGCUCUUGCCCUGGCUGCUGGGUGUACUGCAAUUCUCAAGCCAUCUGAAUUGGAAUUUGUUACUUGUUUAGAAUUCGUUGAAGUGUGUAUGGAGUUGGGUCUCCCUUUAGGUGUCCUUAACAUUCUGACUGGAUUGGGACCUGAAGUUGGUACUCAUUUGGCAUCGCAUCCCCAUGUUGAAAAGGUUGAAUUUACUCAAAACUCAGCCACACGAAGCAAGAUCAUGACUGCUGCAGUGCAACUCAAACCUGUUGCACAUUCACUUUGUGGAGAAUAUCUUAUAGUUGUAUUUAAGGAUUUGGACCUUGACAAGGGAGAGCCUUGCUACAGAAUUUUUAGACAAGUUUGUGAAAGGGUGCAAAAAUAUUUAGAUUUUGGACCCAUUAAAAGGAAGGUUGCAGGCUUGGCCCCGUAG